GUUGUUGGUCAUCAUAGGCUGUCUUCAGCUCUAGGGUUUUUAUACCUGGUAUUCUCCGUUCCAAUUAUGACAGGCUCACUUAUCGCAGGUAUGAUAUCAAACAACAAAAUGGCAAACGGCUCACACAUUAACUAGCCAGUGGCUGGUCACCCUCGCAGCCCUUUUUGUGUCGUCACGCGAUGCUCCUCCCCAACAGGAGCGUUGCGUGACGAGACAAACACGGUUGCAGGGGAGACCAGCGAGUGGCAUGACCGCCGACCUCGUUUCCAGAGGCCGCGAUGCCUUUUGGUAGGCGACGCGAUGGGGAUCGCAUGACAAAAGCGACCCCUGGGGACGAGGUUGCAUGCCCGCCAGGACGUAAUCGGCUCCUGAUGCCCGCCCAAUCCGCCCAACUUACACACAGGGAACCCAGUGCAAUUCAUACGGGAAACUUACUUUACGUGUAACAGAACCCUCCCCCGAAAACCCGUAAAUAUCCCCUUUCGAGAGAUAUUUUGUUUGUAUUUGUUGUUUUAUCUUUUGAAUAAAGUAUUAAAUUAUCUAACUUGACUAAAAUGGCGUAAGUCCUCGUUGAAAGUAGGCAAGGCAAAAGUAGAGUAAUUCUUGUUUUUACAACUGUUAAAAAGUGUGUGAUACCAUUUUCUGAUUAUUAUUCUUAAGUUCUUCACUGCGACACCAACAUUAUUUUGUUUUCUCAGGCUUCCUAAGUGACAUCACAAGUACUUAUAACGAGACUUUCUACUUCUCUGGUGCCGCCAUUGCUCUCUGUACAGGCCUGUUAUCAUUCGUUCCGGUUUUAACGCCCAUGAGAUCACGUGGCGUCAAAGAGAUGAAAAUGACCUCUGAUGAGCUCGGCAAAAAGCGAAGAUCUUCGUUCUUUGAAAAAUAUGUGCAAAGAUACUUAAGCUCUUCGGAGCCUGAGCCUUCUGAAGUUGAGGAGUACUUGUUUGUGGUGGACAAAAUCACAGCGGUGUGA